UAAGUUUUUUACUUUGCACACAACCAACACGUGUUUUGGACGACGCAAGAUUAAAAAUUAGUUAAAAGAGAAUAAAUUAUAUUAAUAAAAAAACGUGCAAAGAAAAAAAUAAAACAAAUUAAAAAUGGCAGCAAAUGAUCAAUUAUUAGCUGCAAUAAUACAUGAAUAUCUACAAAGAAAAGAUAAAACUUUGGCGCAAGUUUAUCAACACAAAACCAAAGCUGCCAUUGUUGCUAAGGGUUCUCCCAAAUUGGAAGACAUUUUGCAAUACUAUGUAAAAAAUAGUAAAACAAAAAUUCCUCCUGUAAAAACAACUGAAGAUAGCGAUAGUGACAGUGAUUCUGAGGAAGAAACCCCUAAGAAAGCAGCUGCUCUUGUCAGCAAUGGCAAGCCUGCCGCUAAGAAAGCAGACUCCAGCUCUGAAGAUUCCUCCGAUGAUAGCAGUGAUGAGGAGAAAAAACCCGCUGCCAAACCAGCAGCUAAAGUAAAUGGUGUGACUAAGAAACAGGAAUCAUCAGAUGACUCCGAUGACAGCAGUGAUGAUGAAAAACCUGCUGCUAAGGCUGCCGCGCCAGCUAAACCUGCUGCUGCUGCCGCUAAGAAACAAGAAUCUUCCGAAGAUUCUUCUGAGGAUAGCAGUGAUGAUGAGAAGAAACCAGCAGCUAAAGCUACUCCUGCUAAACCUGCUCCUGCUAAGAAACAAGAAUCUUCGGAAGAUUCUUCUGAUGAUAGCAGUGAUGACGAGAAGAAACCAGCAGCUAAAGCUACUCCUGCUAAACCAGCUGUUGUUGCCGCUAAGGCUAAGAAAGACGAUUCUUCUGAUGAUUCUUCUGACGAUAGUGAAGAUGAAAAGCCAGCUGCUAAAGCGGCACCAGCAAAACCUGCUCCAGUUGCUGCUAAAAAAGCCGAGUCCAGCAGCGAUGAUGACAGCUCUGAAGAUGAAAAACCAGCAGCCAAGAAACCUGCUCCAGUUGCUGCGAAAAAAGCCGACUCUAGCAGUGAUGAUUCUUCCAGUGAAGAUGAAAAACCUAAAGCUACUGCUGUAGCUAAGAAACCAGCUGCUGUAGUAGCCAAAAAAGCCGACUCCAGCAGUGAUGAUUCGUCCAGUGAAGAUGAAAAACCUGCUGUUAAACCAGUAGUUAACAAAGCUGCCGCUGUAGCAGCUAAAAAGAAGGCUGACUCCUCUUCGGAUGAUUCCUCCUCCGAUGAUGACGAUGAACCAGCAGCCAAGAAACCCGCUGUAGCUGCUCCUGCUAAAAAGAAAGCAGCUUCAUCAUCCGAUGAUUCCUCAUCCGAUGAAGAGGAAGCUGCCAAACCAGUAGCUGCUAAAGCUGCUACUCCAGCCAAAAAGGCCGACUCCAGUUCUGAUGAUUCCUCAGAUUCUGAUGAUGAGCCACCAGCUAAGAAGGCUAAUGUUACUCCUGCCGCAGCUGCUAAGCCUAAAAAAGCUGACAGUUCUAGCGAUGAUAGUUCGGAUGAAGAUGAAAAGCCCGCUAAAAAACCUGCUGCAGCCGCUGCUACACCAGCCAAAAAGGCAGCCAAGUCUGACGAUAGCGAUGAUAGCUCUAGUGAUGAAGAACCAGAAAGUGCACCUGCAGUUAAACCUGGUCAAAAGAGAAAAUUUAGUGAAUCAAAUGCCGCCGACACACCCAACAACAAAUACAGUAAUUUUGUGAAAUCUGGCGAAGUAAAGCAAAAUGGAUUUGCUUCUUCAACUCCUGCCAAUAGAAGUUUUAACAAUAAGAAUAAUAAUAGUAAUCAAUUUACACCACAAUCUAGUGGUAAAAAGAAAAACGAACCGUUUAGACGUGUACGUGAUGAAGAGGUGGAGAUUGAUGAAAGAGUUAAAGACAUGUCUUUCGAAGCCAAGGAUGGUGAAGAAACUACAAAUGGAGGCUUUAAGAAAUUCGGUGAUCGCAAAUCAUUUGGUGGCUUUGAAAAGGGAGGACGUGGUCGUGGUGGUGGUGGCGAUCGCGGUGGUAGAGGCCGUGGUGGUGGCGGUGAUCGUGGUGGUAAAGGCCGUGGUGGUUUCGGUGGUGGUGAUCGUGGUGGUAGAGGCCGUGGUGGUUUCGGUGGUGGUGAUCGUGGCGGUAGAGGUCGUGGUGGCUUUGGUGGUGGUGAUCGCGGUGGCAGAGGUCGUGGUGGUUUUGGUGGUUCAAAUAAACCUUUCAACAAAUCCUUUGAUGGUGGCUCAGCGGGACAAAACAAAAAGAUUACCUUUGAUGACUAAGCUUGCAAUUAUCUAUUUAAAAAAAAAAGAACUUAGUGUAAAUUCUUUUCACUUUCCACCGCACCUUUUAGUUUGUUUGUUAAGGCUUUUAAAAUGACUUCCACAAAUUUGCUUCUUUUUUAGUUAUUGAAUGUUUAAUUGGUUAUGCAAACAUUGUAAUGCAUUUUAUUUUAUAAGAUCAACUAACACUAUUUUGUAUUUUAACUUUGUUAGAAAAACGCUGCUGGUUCCUGGGGUGAUAAAGCCAAUAGAGAUUUAAAAUUCACUCGUGGCAAAUCAUUCAAACAUGAAAAAACCAA